AAAGCAACAGAAUCCACCUCCAAAACAGUAAACAGUACCGACUGCCGCCAAUAACUCGUUCACGAUUUUUGCUUCGUUUUGUAAAAAAAUAGUGUUGGAAAAUUGCUGAAAACGUUUCAAAAUUGUUCAAUAGUUGGCGAACGAUUAGGGGCAGUUGAAAUAUCUUCAAAAUUUCACAGUAUUUCAUCGCAUUUCACCGUACAGCCCAUCCGUCGGAUUUUGAGGUUAGAAGCGCAACGACGUCGUAAUGGAUUUCAGUGCUCUUCUCCAGCAAGCGCAAAAGCUAACCCACGAAACUCAGGUCUCCGAUGACUUGCCGCGGGUCGAGCGCACGCUGCCGCAGGUGCUGCAAGCGACGCAGGAGCUGCAUUCGCGCGUCUCCCAGACCGGCGCCCAGGACAUGCAGGCGCACAUCCUGCUCGGCCACAAGGGAAUCGAUCUGCCAAAAAUCUCGCAGAAGCUGGAGACGCUGAGCUCGCGCAAGACGUUCGAGCCGUUGGAUCCGAUUUCAACGACGGACAUUCAGAGCUUCCUGCGCAACGAGAAGGAGAAUGCGAUUCUGUCCGUUAUCGAGGAGGUGCACAAGAACUCGUUCCAGGCGGCGCAGAACGCCAAGUGGGAGCACACGAUGAACGACUGGAAGCUGGAGAAGGUGAAGCUGAUGAACGCGUUGAUUGGGCCGUCGCAGAACUGGAUUGAUAUCCGGAAGGGACCGGAACAGACAAUUCUGAACGAGAGCACUUUUGGCGGGAGGUCGUCGUUGAACAACCAGGAAAUGGCGUACGCUCGAGAGGUGUACGAGUACAACAAGCUAAUCAACGAGGGUGCGAUGCGCCCGUCGCUGGUUCAGCGGUUUGCUCAGGUUGCGGACGGGUUCAACGACUCGAAAGUCGGUGACAUCUGGGAGAUUAUGAAGUACAUGACGAACGUGACGCCCAGUCCGCGCACCCAAGAUCCGCUGCGAGCCCGUUGCACCCAGACGCAGUUUAUCGAACAGGCCAAGCGAUAUCUGGAGAAUCGUUACAAGCUGUUCAUGCAAACGGUCAUUGCGGAACAUCUGCGGGACGCACAACGCGGUGGAAUCCCCAGCAUUCUGAACCUGGUUGGAUCGUUUGUCGGACUCAAGUUCGCCAACCAGAACCAAAACUCGAGCUUCAUCGGGCUGCAGGACGGUCACGUAGACGGGAAGCCCCUCUGGCCAAUGGUCUACUAUUGUCUGCGGUGCGGUGACAUCGCCUCCGCCCUCAAGUGCAUGCAAAUGGCCGGACCGGGUCACGACGACUUCAUCGCCGUCCUCGAGGAAAAGUGCCGCAACCCCGGUCAGAAGAUCAACCCCAAGCUGGAGCUGCAAAUCCGCAUGCAGUACAAGCGUCAAAUCCGGAACGCCAUCGAUCCGUACAAGCGCGUCGUCUAUUGCAUCAUCGGCUGCUGCGACAUCCAGGAGCAACACCCGGAGGUCGCCAAAAGCUCCGAUGACUUCCUCUGGAUUCAGCUGUCCCUGAUCCGCCCAGAGUCGGACGACAACUCGGAACAUCUGACCUACUCGGGCCUCCAGGCGGUCAUCCUGGAGCAGUACGGCGAGCGGCACUUCAACGCCACCGAACAGCCCCACCUGUACUACCAAGUUCUAGCGCUGACCGGCCAGUUCGAGGCCGGCAUCGAGUUCCUGUCGCGCUUCGACAAGUUCCGUGCGCACGCCGUGCACAUCGCGCUAGCGCUCAGCGAGCUGCACAUGAUCGGCGGGCCGCGCAACCUACAGGAGCCGCUGCUUUCCGUCGACAUCGAGGACCCGCAGCCGAUGCGCCGACUAAACAUCGCCCGUCUCAUCAUGCUGUACGUGAAAAAGUUCGAAAUCACCGACCCGGCCGAGGCGCUGCAGUACUUCUUCUUCCUGCGCAACCUGCGGGACAGCGACGGGCGUAAUCUGUUCCUGGUGUGCGUGUCCGAUCUGGCGAUUGAGUGCCGCGACUUUGACCUGCUGUUUGGCAAGAUGCAACGAGACGGGAUCCGAUCGCGGGGGUUGAUCGACCAGUUUGAGAGCUCGCAAAUUGACGCGAAGAUGGCGUGCGAGAUGAUCGCCGAGGAGUUUGUUCGGAAGGGGAUGUUUGAGGACGCGAUUCGACUGUUUGAUCUGGCGGGUAUUCACGAGCAGGCGCUGCGGUACACGUCGAUUCUGCUUUCGCAGGUGGUGCACCAGGCGAACAAGCCGGGAUCGCUGCGCGAACGUCUGCAGCGAAUGGCGAUGGAGUUUACGGAGCGGUACGCUGGCGCGGAGAAGAACUGUGAUCCGCCCACGUGGAGCACGUUUACGCUGCUAAAGGAGCUGAUGAUCUUCUUCGAUCAGUACCACUGCAAGAACUACCAGCCGGCACUGGAAGUGCUCGAGAGGACAAAGUUGGUACCGCUGAAGAUGCACGAUCUGGAGACUUGCGUGCACAACUUUAAGCGGCUGGGCGGCGAGGUUUGCAAGGUCAUUCCGGAUCUGCUGCUGGCCACGAUGGACAUUGCGUACUGCAAGUACAAGGCGCUGCGCGGCAAGGACGUGGCCAAGUUUGACGACGCCGGACGGGAGCAGCAACUCAACUACCUCCGCGAGCAGGCCAAGGCCCUGACCAACAUGGCGGCGACCGUGCCCUACCGGAUGCCCGGCGACACCAACAACCGUCUCGUGCAGACGGAAAUCCUCAUGCAUUAAAAAAUAAUCACAAACACACACACACACACUUUUAAAGCUUCUUCAAUUACUCAAUAAAACUACUCUGUCAUUGCCAUCGUUGAAAAGAAAAAA